CGAAGAGUUAACGCUCUAGGCAUCUCCUAACCUCCAAAGUUCCAAGCUGGAAUCAAAUUUUCUAUACAUAAGGAGUACGAGAACUCCACCUGACAAGUGAACGUUACCAGCGGCUCGUCGACUGCAACACAUCCACGUUGCAAAUUGAAGGUUCUGCAUUGGUACUUGUUUUGAUUAACAUCCUUAUGAUACGACGGCCUGAUGACGAUCAUGCAACCGCUUGAUCCACGUGGAUUGCACAGAUUCACCCCUUGAUCUCAUUUCGCACUGGAUAACGGUAUACAUAUAUAUGAUACUGCGAAUGUUAUUGACAUACAUCUACCAAGUUUGCCUCCAUCGACACCCAUUCUCUACCAAUAUGACUGUAGUAUCAAAUGAUCCCAGUUGGUGGCCGGCCAUCAUUUCAUAUCGUUUGACUAGCUAUUUUUCAGUCGCCGCCUUUGUUGCAGUGGUGUAUGAUUGGGCACUUACAUUCGGACAAGAGGUGGAGUUGAUCUGGAAACAACGCUGGUCCUUAAUGACAGUUAUGUAUCUCAGUGUGCGCUACCUUGGAAUCUUAUUCGCUGCCCUGUACAUGCUGACAUACAGCGAGUGUUCCGACCAUCUCGCUGACAGAUACAGCUGGAUUAUGUACACCGCAUUGGAUUGGACUAAUGUUGUGGUAUUUGCGAUGCUGUGGGUCAUCAUCAUCGCUUGGUUGCAUGCCAUGUAUCAAGGAUCCAGAAAGAUCUUGAUGUUUCUCAUUGUCACCUUCCUGGCUAUCAACACUUUCGAUGCAGUGACCAUCAUAAUGGCAACGAUGGAUACGUCAGGGGAGGAACUCAUUCUCUCUGGCACUUAUCAGUGCCAGUUUAACUAUCCGAAAGACAUCCCACUCCUGGAUUCGAUUACUUGGAUGCUUGGCACUGUAUGGGAGGUCAUCGCGCUGUGUCUCGCUGUCUGGAUUGUGGUAAAACACUUCCGUGAACUGCGACAACAUUCGGCAGGAGGGAUUAUCGAGGACUGUUUCACGGUGUUGAUAAAAACUCAUGCACUUUACUUUGCGAGCUUUGUUGCUGUUUCUUGCAUCGAGCUCAUUGUUAUUUUCUCUCCGACAUUAUUAAUGAGCACUUCCCUGGUCCCUCAGAUUAUUUCUGGGUUUAUUCAGAUUUUGGAGGCCGUGCAGAUGUUUGUGUUGGGACCGCGCCUGAUCCUUGGUGUUCGAGAAUACCACGCUAAGCUCGUGGCCGAUUCUGACGCAGCAACUGGUAUGAUCUCAAUCGCUUUCCAGGAGCGGGUGCAUAUAUCGACUGGCAAUGGUGUGUGA